GUCAUGUGAUCAGCUGUGUCCAAUCACAGCUGAUUGUAUGGGACAUGUACACUGAUCAUCAGAACACUGAUGAUCAGUGUGCCCUGAUGAUCUGUGUAGCCCCAGCAGUGCCACCUGUCAGUGUCCAUCAGUGCCAGCUCUCAGUGCUCAUCCAUGCCACCUGCCAGUGCCCAUCAGUGCCACAUCAAUGCCACAUAUCAGUGCCUACCAGUGCACAUCAAUGCCACAUAUCAGUGCCCAUCUGAGUGUCACCCAUCAGUGCCGCCUAUCAGUGCCCGUCAGUGCUGCCUAUCAGUGCCGCCUAACAGUG